AUGGUGCAAAUUGAAGUUGAAUUGAGUGGCAGAUCUCGAUUUAUUGUUGAAGCUGUUGUAAAUGAGAUAGGAGUAGAUAAAGUUAGAAUUAUAUUAUCUGCAUUUGCCAAUUAUAUGGAAUCUGGAGAUUCUAAUCCAAUGGAAUUGGGCUUUUAUAUGGUGAAUUCCUUGAACAAAUAUGGAAUCCUGGAAGAUGGGAACAAUGCUGUGGUUGAGGGCCGUACAGAUCUUAUUCUUUUUGGUCGGUUGUUCUUAGCUAAUCCUGAUUUGCCCAAGAGGUCUACUGAGGUGAUAGUGAAGGAAGCAUGCAAAUAUCUCAUCGUCCAGAUUCCAGACACACGUGAAGCAGUGUGA